AUGGAGGGGAUGGGAGUUCAGUUUGGUCGUGGACUGGAGGGAAUUCAGAAGCCAGCAUGGUUGAAAGCUCUCUACAUGCAGAAGUUCUUCGUGCCAUGCUCAAUUCAUGAAAUCGCAAAGAAGAAUGAGAAAAAUGUAUGCUGCUUGGAUUGUUGCACCAGUAUUUGCCCCCAUUGUGUGCCCUCUCAUCGCUUCCAUAGCCUUCUUCAAAUUCGCCGAUAUGUUUAUCAUGAUGUUGUUCGAUUGGAAGACAUAGAAAAGCUUAUAGAUUGCUCCAACGUUCAGGCCUAUACUAUUAAUAGUGCCAAAGUGAUUUUCAUCAAAAAGAGGCCUCAAAACAGGCAAUUCAAAGGCUCUGGAAACAAUUGUACUUCUUGCGAUAGGAGCCUCCAAGAACCUUUCAUCCAUUGCUCUCUAGGGUGCAAGGUGGACUUUGUGCUCAAGCACUAUAAGAACCUCUCCCCUUUCUUAAGGACAUGCAAUUCUCUACAGCUUAGUCCAGAUUUCUUCAUCCCACAAGACAUGGGUGACGAUGACUUGACCAACGAGACACCUCAUUCGACGAUUGAGGACUGCGAUGAGCCAAUGAGUUCAUCUUCGGGCUCGUUGGGGUCGGAGAACAUGAGCUUUUCAUGCACUGAGUUUGUUCGUAAGAAGAGAAGUGGAUUGUACGUGUGUGGAAGAUCAGCUAACAAGGUUACAGAAGUAGACAUGGCAACAAGCAUGAGUAGAAGAAAAGGCAUUCCUCAUAGAUCUCCUUUGUGUUAA